AUGACAGCCGUCGCCAGUAGCACGACUUCUGAUGAUCCAUCGUGUGCAGCAAGAGAAGCCGAUGGUAAAAUGAAAGACGAAGACGCAACGAGAGCAGAGUCAGAUGAUGCAUUGGCGGGCUGCUGGGAGAUGCUGUCAUCAAAGUUCUGCAGGAUUAACAGCAAGUUAAUUCUUAACGGCAGCAAUACGACCAUAGGACUGAAACAUGUGAAUAGACUCGAUCAACUCUAUCCGUUCAUUGAGAUCUCACUUGUGAAGGCCUUCGAAACGAAUGCCACCAACAUAGGAAACCUUCAUAUUUUGUAUGGCGAUCACACUAGCAUGUUGGGAGUGGUGCGACUGCGUCAGCUGCGCAGAAAAGAAAAUUCGCACACGGGCUGGAAACCCGUCGAGUUUGCAAAUCUCGACUAUAAGCCCAAAUGGAAGUUCCCUAUGAGCGAAUAUCAUACACAGACAAAUAUUGGCGCAUCUAUGAGCCCUGGCUGCCCAUUAAGCUAUCCGGAGAUGGAGGGCUAUGUAACACUGCUCUCAAACAGCUAUGACAAUAGUAUGAGCGUGAUUGAAUACCUCCAGGAGAAGCAUUGGCUUACGUGGAAGACAACGGCAGUUUUCAUGGAUUUUACUCACUUCAAUGCCGAUGCGAAUAUCUUCACCAUAUGCACUUUACUCGUGGAACAAACGCCUUUUGGGACUAUUCUGUCCAACGCAAGGAUAAUCAGUGCAAAACUGCAUUUCGUUGCGCAGCUGGGAAAAGGUGGCCUCAUCGUACUGAUCAUCUAUAUAAUUGUGGUCAUACAGUUCUUCAAGGCUUUGGUUAUGGUGGUAUGGUAUGAGCCGAUCAAGCUGCGCAGCAUGUGGACCAAGUUGGAUUUGAUUAUCUUUGUGCUCAACAUCACAGUGAUUAUUCUAGUAAGCGUACAGGAAUUUAUGGUAUCGCAGCUGCUUGCAAAGGUCGAGAGUUCCAGCAAACUCGAGUUUCUCGACUUCCGUAUGCCUACCCGCCUGAAUGAAUGGACCCGCAACAUGCUUGGCUUUCUUGUCUGCCUUACCACCAUGCGUUUGUGGCGUGUGCUGCAGUUUGCCAGCGUCUUUCAACUAUUCGCUUCCACAGCCAUGAUAAUUCUAACAUUUUUAAUGGGGUUCGGCAUUGCAGCUGUCACUAUAAAUGGAAAUAUUGCGGAUAGCUUUAGAGCAUGA